GGCUCCAAGAUGAAAAUCCUGGGGACCCUCAGACCAUCUGCGGGGAGGGCACAGGGCCGCACUGGUGUGGGCUUUUGCUCACUGGCUUACACUACUCAGGGAGUACAGUAGGCGCCCCGAACCCUAUGCGUCUCUUUCUUCGGUAGCAGCGCACUCGUCGGAACUAUGUGUUGGAGCUCCUGUUUCUGCCCGGAUGACCUGAGCACCGCUCAGGGUGCACCAGUCGUUAUGGUAACGGGGCCCGCGCUUUAGGCGCGGGCAGUCGAGUGAGGAGCUCGGAAUCCAGGAGACCCCAGUCCCGGCUGGCGCAGCUCUAGGUCGCGAGCGGAUUCCACUGGGUCCUGCCGGGUGGCACACGCGCUGCCACCAUGCUGCCCCUGUGCUUAGAGCAGGAGCUGAGUGAGCUGCUGGCUCGCAAGGAGGAGGAAUGGCGAGCUCUGCAGGCCCAGCGCGCCCUGCUGCAGGAGGCAGCCCUGCAGGAGGUUCAGCACCGCCUGGAGGAGGCCCAGGGGAAGCUGCAGCGCCUACAGGAAGACUUCGUCUACAACCUUCAGGUGCUGGAGGAGCGGGACCGGGAGCUGCAGCGCUAUGACGCCGAGUUCACGCAGGCCCGCAGGCGGGAGGAGGCCGGGCAAGCAGAGGCCAGCGAGCUCAGGAUAGAGGUGGCCAAGCUGAGGCAGGAGCUCAGCAGAGAGGCCAGGCACACGGAGGAGCUGCAGCAUCAGCUCCAGCUAACGCUGCAGGAGCACCGCCUGGAGCUGGAGCAUGUCCACAGUGACAAGAGCAGUGAAGUCGACCAGCAGCGGGAGCAGUGUGAGACGCUGAAGUGGAAACUGGAGAGGACACUGAAGGAGUUUGACAGUGAACUCACUCUGCAGAGACAGGAGCUGCUGCUGGAGUUUGAGUCUGAAAUGCGGAGAAGGGAGCAUGAGUUCCAGCUGAGGGCUGAGGACAUGAGCAAUGCAGUCCUGACCAAAGAGCUCGAGCUAAAGCAGCUGAACAAAGAGCUCCGGGCGCUGAGAGAAGCGGGCGCACAGGCAGCAGAGAGUCUACAGAAGGCAGAAACAGAGCACGUGGAAUUGGAGAGGAAGCUGCAGGGCCGUGCCCAGGAGCUGCAGGAUCUGGAGGCCGUGAAGGAUGCUCGGAUAAAGGUUGUGGAGGAGAAGCUUCACUCUGAACGGCUGACCCGGAAGAGAGCGGAGGAGACUUUGAGGAGGAAAUGUGAAGAGCUUGACCGUCAAGCCAUGGAGAAGGACGCAGUGCUGGCAGCAGUGAAGGGCGCGCAUGCAGGGCAGCUGCAGGCGCUGGAGGCCACGGUGCUGGAGGUGCAAGCCCGCUGUGAAACCCUUGAGGGCCAGCUGCGCAGGGCUGAGCGGAUGCGCGCUGAUGAUGCCAGAGAGAAGAAGGCCCUUAUUGACAAGCUUCGAGACGAUGCGGCAGCUAUGAAAGCUGCUUGGGAUGCCCAGAUCGAUCAGAUGUCCAAGGACGCUGUCUCCAAAGACCUUCAGGUCCAGAUGCUGCAGGAGGAAGGGAUGAAGCUCAAAGCCCAGGUGGCCAGGUUCCAGCAGGACAUAGACAGGUACAAACAGCAACUGGCCCUGGCCGUGGAAAAGGAACAGAGCCUGGAGCGGGCACAGGUACAGCUAUGCCUAGACUGGCAGCGUCGCUGUGAUGACGUUGAACGAGACCAGAUCCAGAGAUCAGAGACUUUGAUCCAAGGGCUAACCAAGGCCAAAGAUCAGGUUGCUGCAAAGCUCCAGGAGACAGAGAGGGCGCUGCGCCAGCAGGAGGCACUGCUGGAGGCUGUGUCACUGGAGCGAGACCAGGCCAUGGACACGCUGCGGACACACGGCAUCCUCACUGGACCGGAGGCACAGGUACCUGCACAGCAGCAUGAAGGAGAAAUGAGGAAAGAUUUUCCAUCUAGUGAGAUCCAGAGGCUCCAGGAACAGAACGCAGGUCUGCGGAACGCUGUUGCACAGAUGAGGAGAGAGAUGGAAAUGCUGAGCGGGCAUCAUCCCCCUGCUCACUCGGAAGAGUGUUUAGAUGCAGGUCCUGAUCCCAAGGCUGGAGGAGAUUCGGCCCCUCCAGAUUAUGUUCUGGCCCUUGAAGCAGAAAUGCAAAACCUAAAGGAUAAAAUUAAGGCUCUGGAAGAGCAGCUGCAAGGCAUGGAAGAGCCAGUGAAGACAUCCCUGACCACUGCUGACCCACACCCUGGUGCCUGCGGCUCUGCAGAAGCAGCCGGUCCGGCCCUGGCAGACCAGGAGUCUACUGCGCUGGCACUCAGAAAACUUGGAGACAGAGUGCAUCUCUUGAACCUGCUGCUGACGCAGCUCAGAAAGAAGCUGCGGCACAGACCCCUGGAGCUGGGCACUGUCCAGCACGAGCUCCCCAGGGAAGUGGGGCAGAUGCACCUGGAGGUUUCGGAGCUGCAGCAGCAGGUGGCUGAGCUAAGGAAGCACCUCACAAUGGCAGGUCCCCAGCGAGAGCCUCCUCACAGGCGGCAGCUACAGAGAGAGGGUUUGGCUGACUGGAGACCUGUGGGCAUGGAGGACCAGACAGAGUCCCCUAGUUUCCCCCUGGAAGGGGCACAGCCUCUGCAGACCCUGUCUGUGCCGCAUCUGCAAAGGAAACUAAAGGACGCAGCUAGGAAGAUCCUCAGCCUCCACCUGGAAAGGGAGCAGCUCCUAGAAAUGGGGAAUAGACUCCGAGCUGAGCUGGGCCACCCUAAAGGGAACCUGCCUCCUGGCCCACCUCCUCCCACCUCUGAGCCCCAGGACGCCCUCGAGGUGCCCGAGAAGCCUUCACGCCACCCGCCUCUGGGACAACUGCAGCCCCACUCAACAGCUCAGGACCCCAGGCACACCGAGAGAAAAUGUGUUUCUGAAUAUGCACAGAAAAAUCAACCCCACUCAGCCGAAGCGGUCAGCAAAAACAAUUCCCCACGAGGCCGCAAGGCAGGCACAGCAUCAAGGCCUGCUCAGAAGCCCCACAGAGCUCCUGCAGAGACUUGGAAGUCAGCUGAUCAGAAGGAGAACAGGCCCCCAAGGGCACCGCAGGCGCAGACAGUCCCUAAGGAAAGCGGGUGCCGUACCCACGCCUCAUCGUCAUUGGCCAGCAGUUCCCUGCAGGACGCUUGGAGGCCGCUAGACCUGGGAUCCAGCCUUCCAGGCGUGCCCUCCCAGGGUGGCUCUGCCUCAGUGAACCUGUGCCUCCCAAGUGCUGGGAUUACAGGAACUACAGGAUCUACACCCUGCUUGCUUUAAAAAGUGAGGAAGUGUCAGCCCCGCAGAAGCAAAGAGGAGCCCAAACACACAUCACAUUGAGAAGGGACACUUUUUGAUUAGAUUUUGGCGUCUUGCUAUGUAGCCCUGGCUAGCCUGAACCUGGCCACAGCCCUCCCGCCUCUGCCCUCCCAGUGCUAGGAUCACAAACAUGUCCCCCUGUUCUGCCUCUAGAACAGAUCACUGGUGGCUUUCAGAGUGCUCUCAGUGGGGUUAGUCUCCUGGCUGAAUGGUUUCCCAGAGAGUGGGAUGGACUCUCAGGAAGCAACAAUCAGGAGCCACAGCCCAGUGAGAGGUGGAGCAGGGGCUAGCAGCAGGAGCUUGCCGUGAGCAGGUGGGCGAGGUGGGCAAGGGGACGGAGGAGGUGAGGGUGCGAUGCCAACCUUGCGGUGACCUUGGGCAGGACAGCCAACUACUCCCAGUUCAGGACAGUGACUGGAGCAGAGGGCAGACUGGCUGCCAAUGCUGACACGCCUUCCCCAGUCUCAGACUUUCCACUCUGACUCUUGAACAGUAGCUGCGGGCACCUCUGCCAGGCAGGACCUGUGUCCAACAGCAGGAGAGCUGGGCCUGGGUCAGAGUGAGAGUUGGAGCUGCUGUCCACAUGCUGUCCACAUGCUGUCCGCAUGCUGUCCGCGUGCAGCCUGGGAGCACCUGGCUGGCAGCUGGGGAGACAGCAGAAGCAGCACACGUAACCAAAGGUUUCCGGGGAGCAUGGGCUGAGAGCGUGAUGGUGGCACUUGGCGGGCGAGACGCUUGCAGCUGCAAGUCACAGGCUCCUGGUGAAGGUGCGUGGAGCAGAGCUUCACAGCAAGUGUGAUGCAGCUCCAUGUCAGAUCAGCCACCGGGACCAGCACUGGCCAUGUCCUGCCACAGGCUCCGUGUCCCCCCCCCCCCACACACACACACGGGCCAGAACACAAGCUUGCACCAACCUGCAGGGCCAGUAGGAGGAUGCGGCCUCUGGCUGGCCCCGUGAGGUCCACACUGUCCUCUUCCCAUGGUGACUGGGAGGUCCCGUGAGUCACAAAGCCUGUCCCCUUCUCCCACAGAUUCACUUUUGUCAGUAAGGGGAUGCAUCCCUAGAGCCCACACACCUGCUUUCCGUGGCUGUCCCGGCCACCCCCACUUGCCCAGGGGGCCGCUCACACCUGUGCCCUAGGCAGCCUGCCCGCCACUUGGAGCUCUGUGGGGAAGAUGGGGAAGAAACAGCUGCCAUCCCCCAGCCUGAGUGUGGAAUGUGGCUGAUAACUUUAGCAGCUAUUUCGUAAUAAAAGUAAGUUUAACAAAAAAAAGUGAGUUCGAGGCCAGCCUGGCCUACACAGUGAGUUCCAGGACAGCCAAGGCUACACAGAGAAACCCUGGCUCGAAAAACUAAAAACAGCAAAGACUUCUGUCUUCAUGGUUCACCCAACAAAGGAUUUUGUUGAGAGAAGCUGGGCAUCAUCUGUGCAGUCUAGUGGUUUAUUUACCUCUCCUGGUGCAGGCCUGGCGUCCUGGAGGCUUGGGCGUGUGUAACUGAGCUUUCUCUCUAGACCAGUACUGGAGUGGCUUGUGAAGCUAAUUUCUGGACACAGUGCUACCUUGGGAGAUGAGGUCUCUGGUGAAGGGGUGGCUGACCUCGCCGUGUUAGCAGGCUUGGGUAGGACCAGUCCCCAGCCUGCGGGCCUCACUUCAGAAACUCGGUGGACCUUCUUCAGGGUUGUUUUUGAGGUGUUUGCACUUCAGCGCACUGUGAGCACACACUGACCGCUGCAUGGUCCUGGACGCCUAACAGUGCUGCUGAAGCCGCACAGGGCCCGACGUGCACCGAUGUCCAUGUUGAAGGACAUGGAGAACUGCUGCGCGGCUGGGGCCACGGCCGUCUUAUCCCAGCCUUCAGGAGGUGAGGUAGGAGGAUCAGGCCGGAGGCUGGCUGCUGGCGGCUGGGACUGCCUGCUUCACACCUCCAGGUUCGAGGUGGGAGCCAGCGCUGUCUCACCCCAACCCCCAGGGCCUUCAGUGGCUUCUAUGGUUUCCUGCCCAGGUUCUGCCAGGGUCGGGGCAAGGCCUCAGCCCCACGACCAGCUCUGGACAGCUUCCUGGGGUCUGGGUCGUACAAAUUGACACCUGAGAUAGCGCCCCCCAACCCCUGAUUUCUACCCCACGACACACACCUACCCACCUGCAAGCCAGGCUUCCUCUCUCACCUUCAUUCUUGCAAAAGCCUCAAGUCUUUCUGAGUAGUGCUGGCCCAGGGCCUGGGCCCCAUUCUUCUGCUCCCUGAGUUACUGGAUAGCCCGAGGGCCCAGCACCCACCUGCAGACACCAGGAGGCUUGCCCCCUCCUGAGACCCCUCCCACCUAAGGGCAUCCCUCACCCCGCCCAUCUCCCUAGCACCUGCCUCCUACCCUCAGCACAGCCAACAAGUGAAUCCUACCCAGCUUCACUCUGCCGCCCCGGGCAUCAGCCUCUUUCUCUUUCUCUUAUUUAUCUUGAGUCCCUUCCACCUCUUCAGGAAUGUCCCUAGGGGUGGGGACACUGGAGGCUUUGUCUUGGAUAAUGGACUACCCGUGUGCAGGAUAAAGGAGAGAUGGAUGUCUGCAGCCUGGUGGGGUGGGGCUAGAAAGAAUUUCAGGAAGUAAAAGUGAUGGCUGAUAGGGACACUGCAAAGCAUGGGCCACAGCUCCAGGGUGAAGCCCUAGCCUAACAUCCAGAAAGCUCUCAUUCCUCCCCCACCCCACAGGCCCCAGACUAAGGCUUGCCCCUACAGUGGUGCACACCUGUAAUUCCAGCACUGGAGCCUGGCUCAGGAGAAGAAAGCCUAUCAAGACAGACUGGGUACCCAGAAGACCCUGUUCUGGGAAGGAAAAAAAAAAAAAAGUAAGGCUUUAAAAAUACAAGUACUUCCUAGAUGAAAGUAUUAAAUAUGAUCAGGGCAGCGGUUUUCUCCAGAGUGAAGAAACCUUUAGUGUAAUCCUAACUGAAAUGUGGACAGACUUUCUCUCGAAGCCAAACAAGUGGAUUUUCAAGUUCCACAGCAGUGAAACGCCUGGGGAAGAGGCCAUCAGCCUGCCGUAGCCUUCUACACAUUAAGCAUUAAGACAUAUGAUGCAAGGCUGGGCGUAGCUCAGCGGUAGAGACGCACCGCCCGUGUGCAAGGCGCUAGGGCCGUCUGUAGCCACACACACAGGCACGGGCCCCGGGGACGGGACCAGCCCGAGCAGAGAGGGCCUCCAGCUGGAGAGGGGGGCUUGGGACCCUGGCAGCGCUUCGGGCACUGUCCAUGAGCAGCAUCUCUGGGGCCCUGGGUGGUCCUCAGCGCCAAAAGUAAUCAGAGACCUGACGGGAGGCUCCUUCCAGCCCAGCAAAGGCCGCUCCAAACAGCUGCUCCAGACACCUCUGCAGAAGCCAGGCAGGGCUUCAGGGCCUCAUCCACAAGACCUGUGUCCAAAGCUCAGUCCCAAGGUAGACCUCAGCUGCCUUGUUGGAGUGCAAGCAUUGGUGUCUUUUCCAGGACUUAGGAGAGUCCAGCCUUCCUAGUGUCUGUCCCAGCUUCGCAAGUGGCAGCGGUGUCAGAGAACCUACUGGGUCUCUGGAGGAAAGGGGCUCCAGUGGCAACCUGGCUAUGCCUUCUGUCACCCCGAGUUGAAAAACAGUCUCUCCUGCCUCCAAUCCACCCACUGGCCAGUGAGUUCCCUUCCACCUACCCAGCUGCCAGGGCCAGGGGCACUGGGUCUCUAAACACGUGGCCCUUUUCCUUCCAACAGCAGGCAGCCCUCAGCAGCUGCUCUCCUGCCGCGUCUGAAGGUGUGCGGGGCUGGCAGAUCCUGCCCGGGCCCCGCUGCCCUGCCUGGCUUGGUCUGUCCCAGCGUCUCCCGUGUGUCAUCCUCCACACUGCGUGUGGUGCUGCAGGGCCCUUGUCCUUGUGGGAGCCCACGGUUGGACAAUUAUCUAGAAGGGAAAUAGCUAGGUCAAAGGUGUGGGGAGUUUGAAGUGUUACCAAAUUGUUGUAAAAGAGCCUGGCCGCGUGCCUGCCGCUGGCUGCCGGUGGAGGGCUGCUCUCUGCCCCACUGCGGCACCCCGGGCCUGCGCAGUCUCAGAUGGAACUGACACUUCUUUGCUGGUUUUAAUUUACAAUUAUUUGGGGGGCUUGGGGUUUUUGUUUGUUUAUUUGUUUGUUUGGUUGGUUGGUUGGUUGGUUUUGUUUUGGAAACAGGGUUUCCUGUAGCUCAGGCUUGUCUCGGACGCUAAGUAGUUUAAAAUGAUUUUGAACUUUUGAUUCUGCUGCCUCCAGCUCCUUAAUUUACUUGUUUUGCUUAAGUGGUUGGUUCAGUUUGUCGCUGUUUGUUUGGGUGUUUUUGAGUCAGGGUGUGACUUUAUAGCACUGACUCUCCCAGAACCAUGCACUGGGUAGUUCAGGCUGGCCUUGAAGGUACCAAAAUCUGCCUCUGCUUCCGGAGUGCUGAGAUUGAAGGUGUGUGCCACCACACCCAGCCCCUUAUCUGCAGCUUUGAAGCUGUAGACAUUUCUUGGUUGGGUUUAAUAUGGAUUUGUGACCUUUUCACCGAGGACGGGGGAAGCUGGAGACUUAGGGCAGUCUAGAAAGGGGCCCUCUACCUAGGAAAGGGGCGGUGCUGGGAGGCCAGGGCCGGGCUGAAGGGCUACCCCCUCGGGAAGCGGGGACUGCAUCUCCAGAGCACCCUUCAGGUUCUUGGUUUGAGGUGUACAAGACAAAGUCCCAGGUACAAUGAGCCCAUUUUCAGGUGGCAACUGAGGCCAGAUCCCAGUUACCAAAUAACUGCUCAGUGCUCCUGGCCUGCACAGACCUAACCAGAGCUGCCUGGAAGGGGCGGGUUAGCAGGAGGGCUGAGGUUGUCCAAGGGCCACAGGGUCCCAGGUGGAAGCACCUGAGGAGGCAGGGAGGCUACCAGUCCGGACUAACCCAGCUCCUCCGAUCAGUCUGGGCUCCUCCCGUCUGCCAGCUUCUCCCACCAAGCUGAAGGCGCAAGGUAGCACAGUGCAGUGACUGGUUUGUUUUUUCUGUUAAAAACCCUCAUGGCACAAGCCUUAAGCCCCAGCUCUGAGAGGCAGAGGGAAGAGGGUCAUUAUGAAUUCAGGGCCAGCCUGGCCACAUACUGGAGCCCAGUCAAAAAGCAAGAAAAUAAAAUAAAAUAA